AUGUCAAACGAAUGUAUGCCUACACCGAAUGAAGAAGAUUGGAGAAAAAUAGCCGAAGGUUUUCAACAUCGAGCAAAUUUUCCGCACUGCCUGGGAGCAGUUGAUGGAAAGCACAUUCGGAUAACCAAGCCUCCAGGAAGUGCUUCGUUGUACUUCAAUUAUAAACAUUUUUAUUCCAUUGUUUUACUCGCAGUAGUCGAUUCAAAUUACCGUUUUACUUAUAUUCAUGUUGGUUCAUUUGGAAAAGACUCGGAUUCUAGUAUUUUUAAGAAUUCUAGUCUAUGGAAUAAAUUACAAAAUAAUUCAUUAAAUAUUCCAAGCCCAAACUUCAUACCCGGUAUUAAUAUUCCUAUUCCUUACGCAUUUGUAGGUGACGAGGCAUUUGGUUUAUCAACAAACGUGCUUAGGCCUUAUGCGGGAAAAUAUUUACAAGAUAUUAAAAGAACUUUUAACUAUAGAUUGUCUCGGGCAAGGCGUUACGUAGAAUGUUCAUUCGGAAUAUUAUCAAAUAAGUGGAGAAUAUUCCAUCGACCAAUUGAUGUUAAUGUGGAGUUUGCUAUUGAUAUUGUAAAAUGUUGUUGUGUGUUACAUAAUUUUGUACGUGAUCGUGAUGGUUUUAAAUUUGACGAUACUUUGACAAUUACAGGGAUGGAAGACCUUGAUUAUGAUAAUAAUUUAUACGUAAAUAGAUCAGUAAAUAGAUAUCGGGACGCUUUAGCUAAUUAUUUUGUGUCUGAAGACGGACAAAUACCUUGGCAAAAUGAAAAAAUUUAA